AUGGACGCUAUUGUGUAUCUUUUAAUCAGUAUUGUUACUGUUUCCAUAAAUGGUUUACUUACAAGAUGGCAAUUUCCAAUUACAUUUAUUAAACCCAGAACAAACGUCUAUGUUUCGGGUUUAAUAAGACAUGGCAUCUCCACGUUAUUAGUUGUCUUAGCUAUUUUAAGCCAAGCAUCACUAAAUUAUACCCUCUCUGUCACAUUAGCUGCAAUUAGUGCAUUAUGGUACAUUUCUGGUCCUUACUUUGUCCGCAGGAUAAAGGUGAUCGGUGCAGUAUGCAGCAUAACGUCAGUACUUGCUUAUUUACUUUGUCUUGGGGCCUCCAGUUACCACGGAGUUUGUACUAGCUACAGCCUCUAUUGUCUGUUUCCCAUUACCUUAGUAUUUGCAUGUAACACACUCGAUCACUUGGACGCUAUUUUAAAUGCUUACCCUUAUUUGGUCAAUCCUGUUAAGUCGGAACAAAAUCUCUUGCAAGAUCCAACUACUGCCACUUACUGGUUUGCUAUCUUACGACUUGUAAUGAGUAUGCCUUCUGAGUCUGAACUUGAUCCUUCUCCCAUUGAUGACUUGGAAACUGCUAUUCGUGUCUUGGGUCCUGCUUCCCGCUCAUGGAAAACAAUGGCUGCAUUGUUCCCUGUCAAUUUGAGACAGGAUCUUUGUCUUUUGUAUGCCUUCUUCCGUACAGCUGAUGAUUUGGUUGAUGAUGCCCCUACACCUGCUCAGUGUGAGGCUAAUUUGGUGACAAUUCGCGAGUUUUUGAAACAAGUGUUUGACAUUUCCAUGGCAAAAGAGCAAGGAGACGGACAUACCGCCUUACCAUCAGAAAUAAAUUGGGAUCAUUACGCGGGUCUGUUGCCUAAUGAUGAUGUUCUUGCUAUUUUUAGAAACUUUGCUCGUAUAUCUCAUUACCUUUGUCCACGUGCAAUGUCUGAGUUGACGGAUGCUUGGGAACUUGAUCUUCGUGGAGAACCUGUAAAGAAACAGAAUGAUUUACUAAACUAUGCCGCUUUGAUCUCUGGUACAUUUGGUGAACUUUGUACGUGCGUCAUUAUGUACAAGACGGGCAAUGGUAACUGGGGUAAUACCCGUAAUAAUAACAAGGCAAGAAACGACCAAGUUUUAUCCAGAGCCAGAUCAACAGGACAGUGCCUUCAAUUAAUCAAUAUUGCGCGUGAUAUCAUUGCUGAUAGUUUAGUCGGUCGCUGUUAUGUUCCUGUUCAAUACAUGCCUUAUCCCCAGAUUUAUGAUAUCCUCAAGGUGGCAAGAAACCCCUCGCAAGUAGGAGAGCCCACACUCAAAUCAUUUUCUCUUCGUAUUCUUUCACUUGCUGACCAAAUCUCUGACAAGGCACAAAAAGGAAUCGAUGGUUUACCUAAUGAAGUGCAAGAUAGUAUUCGUGCUGCCUUUGAAAUUUACAUGGCUAUUGGUCCUACUUUACGUAACGAUCCCGGUUUUCCACUUCGAGCCAAGGUGCCCAAACGUCAACAACAAUGGAUUGCGCUUCGCUGCAUGUAUGGCUUUAAAGGUCCAGUAGCACGUGCUAUUAUGAGUACCUUUUAUGAAACAAUAUCAAUCUACAUUCGUGCAUUUGCACGUAUUUCGAACUUGAGAACUGGAACAAAAACUCAUUAA